GUGUGUGUGUGUCCUAGUCUGAUUGUGGAAUGCUGCUGGACGAGACUCCUCUUUUUGAGCCUUCUCUGCUUCAGGAGUUGGACUGGAGUGGCAAUGCCGCAUGCUUUUCUCCUCCCAUCUCACCAUCCAGUCCAGGAGAUGGCCUGGUGCUCCGGCCCCUGUGCACAGCAGACUUUAACAGAGGCUUCUUCAAAGUUUUAUCUCAACUUACUAAAACAGGAGACAUCACACCAGAGCUGUUUGUCAAUAAGUUCAAGCAUAUGAAGACAACAGGAGACUACUAUGUUGUUGUGGUGGAGGAUACAAAUCUGGGACAAAUUGUUGCCACGGCAACUCUGAUCACUGAACAUAAAUUCAUCCACUCAUGUGCAAAGAGGGGUCGUGUGGAGGAGGUUGUCGUCAGUGACGUGUGCAGAGGGAAGCAGCUGGGGAAACUAUUGGUGUCAACACUCACUCUUCUUAGCAAAAAACUGAACUGCUAUAAAAUCACUCUGGAAUGCGCUCCCAAAAAUGUGGCUUUCUACCAAAAAUUUGGCUACAGCGCCUCGGACGAGACCUACAUGCAGCGCAGAUUCUGCGACUGAGGACGGCUGCAGCUUCAGCCUUUUGGGGCACAGACCAGCUCUGACAUCGGCACUUGCUCUUGAUGGGGUCUUAAGCCUUGGGGGUCGGCCGGGGAGGGGGCCUAUUGUUUGCAGUUGUCAAGUUUAAACAGCUGAUUUCAUAACAGUUAACUAUACAUCUCUGUGCAUCAAUGUCCAUAUGUUUGGUAACCGUGGCUACCUCAUCUGGAUGGAGGUGUGCAGUCAUCUAUCUGUUUAAGAAAACCAACAUGGGUUACUGUAAAUUGAAUGUCUUAAGUAUGAGAAAAAAAAGAAGGGAUGUGACUAUGAUCAAAACCAAAUUUAAUCACAAAAUGAACUCAAGGCAACAAGAAUUUAGUUAUUCACAUAUUUAAAUUCUGCCCCCAAAGACGAUGAGCACUAUGAUUAACUUAGAUUUUGUUUAAUUUUUCUCAUCAAGCCUCAGCUAUGUUGCUGGAAAAUGAAGGCCUGAACGCUACAACAGGAAGCAUUAUAAUGAAGACUGUUAGAAUAUUUCCAGUGAACAAAAAAGAGGCAACAGUUUUUAAGUUUUGUAUUUGGUCAACAGCAUCAGGUUUGAAGCAUUUUCUAAUGGGAAAUAGUCAAAGCUGAUUUUUUAAAGAUCAGCUUUUAUUUAAGCUUUUGUAAUAGUUUUAUUCUGAACAGGGAACAUAUUUAAUAUAACUUAUUUCCAAAUGUCAAUCUAAUAAACUGUUUAAUGAUGAUCAGUGUUUUUCUCUGAAACAUGUACCUCACCUCUGCUUUAAAGUGUAAUUAGUGCAUUUUCUUCCCAAAACUCAGAAAUGUAGCGUUGUGGUAAAUAGUGCCCUGACUUAGCUUUAGAGGACAAAACUGAAUUACGAGUCAAGUACACUAGUUUAUCAGAUUUCCCGUGAACACACCAGUAAAAUAUUUAGACAAAACGUGAACAGCUGUUUAAAAUGGGGAAACAACUCUGACAAAAUGCAUAAAUAUCAGAAAACAAGCACGUGUUAAAUGCAUUUAUGAUAGACACCUUAGUACAGCACUCAAAAUGUUUCUUCUUUUAAGCAGUGAGUUCAAUUUUUUUGUUCCUGCCUUUCCCACACGCACCUCGAUGUUGGUUCAUAACU